AUGGCUUUCAAGAAAACAUUACCCCAGAGUAUUUUUAGUGCAUACAAAUUUAGUGCUCCAUCUCUAACAACAUGUCGUAUUGCUUCUUCAACCAUGGUGGAGGCAAAAUACCCCGUUUAUUCUUCUAGUCAUGAUAAAAUUACAUCCUCGCUGGAUAUCCGAGGGUCACUACCCACGGGAGAAAAACUCCAUGAGAAAUUACGUGGGAUGGACGUUAUUAUGAGAGAUAGGAUGAGAUUAAUGAAUGGACCACUCUUGUAUCCACGGACCCCACUACUCCAAUCAGAGUCAUAUGAUGUGAGGUCCGUGGCAGAUGCGAGAAAGAUUUUAAGGUUGUCACAAUUUGAGAUUUUGAAAUUGAGGCUAAGAAAAAUCGAAAAGAGUUGGAUUUUGUUCGCUGAGUUUAUCGAAAUUUGUAAGGAAACAUGUUCGGAUGAUGAUCAAGGCUUGGAGUUUGCUAAGAAGCUUGAUGAAUCAGGAGAUGUUAUUGUUUUGGGAAAUCUUGUUUUUCUGAGGCCUGAUCAGGUGGUACAAGCCAUGAAAGAACUAAUGCCAAUGCACCGCCCAAAUCAUGACAAUAAAGAAACAAUGAAGGAGCUUCAACAAAUGGAGGAGCAAAAAACAAUAAUUGACAAGAAAGCAGAAUUAUUAGUACGUAAAGAAAUGUGGUUUGGACUUGGCUGCUUAGUAAUUCAGACAACAGCUUUCAUGAGGUUCACUUUUUGGGACCUAACAUGGGAUGUUAUGGAACCAAUUUGUUUCUACCUCACCUCAACAUAUUUCAUGGCUGCUUAUUUUUUCUUCCUUAAGACAUCUAAAGAGCCUUCUUUUGAUGGCUUCUUCCAAGCACGUUUUACUACGAAGCAAAAACGACUUAUAAAAGUUCAUAAUUUCGAUCUUCAGAGGUAUAAUGAGCUUCGGAGAGCUCACUAUCCUCAAUCAUCGCCAAUUAAUUGGUAA